AUGGUAAAGAUCCUUGCCUUGACAUAUAAAAUACCCUGCUUAAGUAUUAUUCCAUUCAUUGUUCACAGGUGGUUUAGGUUUGUUCCAGUGGAGGCCUGCAUCAUGAUUUAUAUUGGAAUUUCAGCUAGGCAUUUGGCAGAGGUAAUGAGCUGCAACAAAUGCUUUGAUAACUUCUGAUUGACAAAGGUUGAUGCACCUCCAUUCUUGAUGUUCAGUGUCCAUCAGAAAUAAUGAAGCUUUGUUAACCUGACAGGUACAGUCACUAUAACAACUCCCUGGUACAGAUCAAGUAUGCUUGUGAAGGAAAUCUUUUGAAACACAUUAGAGGAUUUUUAGCUCACUCUAAUGGAAUUAUAUUGCGUAUGGUUUCUGAUUGCCAUGGAAAUCGUGGUAAUCAAUGCCCAAUUGUCACCAUCUGAUCCACACACAUGUCAAGAUUCAGAGAACGGAUUGUGGCGGUGUUGUGAUGGAUACGAUCAAGUUGGAUAUGCUUGUGUUGAAUGGAAAUGUUCUAAUGAGCUGCAAUGUUAUCGUGGCAACUGUAAUACGAACACUGGAAAGUGCGACUGUCCCCCAGGAUGGGAGGGGACUAAAUGUGAGCUUCCAUGUGAAUUAGGCAAAUAUGGCCAAAACUGUAUAUACGAAUGCAAUUGCAAUAAUGGCGCCGAAUGCGAGCCUGUUAACGGGAACUGUGUAUGCCUUCCUGGAUUUAUCGGCGAUACCUGCGAAACACCUUGUCCAUCGGGAACAUUUGGAAAAUAUUGCAGAAAAAAUUGUGACUGUUUAAACAAUGCCCCUUGUGACAGUGUUGAUGGAACAUGCAUGUGUAAUCGUGGUUUCACUGGGGAUAGAUGCGAGAAGUGCAUACCCAAAAACCAUCUGAUGCAAUGCUUUGAUUUUUGCAGCACAGGCGUAUGUAUGAAUGGUGCCAUAUGCGACACAGUUACUAAACAAUGUAUGUGCUCUCCUGGUUAUUCAGGGGAGCACUGUACAGUAUGUAAUCCCAUAACGCAUACUGGGAACUGCAUCAAAGAUUGUGAAAAUACUUUAUGUGCAAACGGUGCAACAUGCGACACAGACACAAAUCAAUGUAAAUGUACACCAGGCUGGCAGCGGAGGUCAUGCAACACUCCUUGCGAUAAUAAUUUCUACGGACGCGACUGCAAACAAAAGUGCAGUUGUGAAAGUUUACAAUGUCAUCAUGUCACUGGAGAAUGCUUAAGUGAAUGUCCCAUGGGGUGGAUGGGAGAAGACUGUCGUCAACCUUGCAUAGAGGGCUUUUACGGCUACAAAUGCAACCAAGUGUGCACAUGCCAGAACGGCGCGCAAUGUGAUCCCGAAACAGGAGUUUGUCUAUGCCUGGUUGGUUUCCGCGGUGAGAACUGUGAAGAGGAAUGUCCACCCACAAGAAGUGGAAUCAAUUGUGUAAAAUGCUCUUGCGAAAGCCCACUUACUUGUAAUGAUGAAUUCAACGAAUGCGUUUGUCCAGCAGGUUUUAUGGGAGUUGAUUGCCAACAACCAUGCCCUGAAGGAUAUUACGGGCCGAAUUGUUACAAACAAUGUAGUUGCCCAGGCAACAUGUCAUGCGAUGGUGUUUCUGGAGAAUGCAACUGUGAACCAGGUUGGACAGGUAUGGCAUGUGCAUUAAUGUGUCCGCAAACAACAUUUGGUCGCAGAUGUCAGCUACCUUGCCCUGAAUGUCCUGAUCGCAAUGGAUGCUUCCACACCAAUGGGUCAUGUGAUAUGUGUGACCCAGGAUUCAAAGGUGAAAGUUGUGAUGUUCCCUGCCCUGAAGGCUUGUACGGUCCUAACUGCAUGUAUACAUGUUCGUGCAGCGAUGACGAGAUGUGUAACCCCAUCAACGGAGCAUGCCCGCAACCUUACUCUCAGAGUCCAUCAACUGUUGUAUUGAAGUAUGUACUUGAAGAAAAAGACAACGAUUUCCCUUUGUUUAUCGUUAUUUCUGCAUCAACGCUAAGUUUCCUGCUCAUCCUGAUGCUAACAAUCCUCAUUGGCACACGAAUCUAUCAAAAAGGAUACAAGCAUGGCUCAAGGUCUUCCCAUCAUGCUCAGAUAGAUGUGGUUUCCAUGAACAGUGUCAAUGGUAAUGGAGGACCUCAGAAUGGUAGAGUUACAAUACAGACAUUCAACUCGAGUGACAGCGGCUUGGGUGAAUUCAGCACUCACUUGCAAGUAGAGGGCGCUACACCAGAUAUCAUAGCAAGCAAUUCCACUUCUAAUCCCUUGGAUCUGGAUGACUCUAGCUAUACUGAGGUAGAAAUCAACUUGUGUCCUUCUACAAGUACUUUCAAUGAAUACCAGUUCACCACCCCGCCGGCUUUACCAGCGCAAAACCCAUGUCACAUGCCCGUAUGUAACGAAAAGGAAAGUAAGAUCGAUGAUUUAUACGAUGAAGCUUAUUCAUCCAUUGAAAAGGAGGAGAAAAAGGAUGAUUCUGAUGGUUUCAACUGUUACGAUUUUCUCGAUGAGGCUCAAACAUUACCUUCAGAGCCAGCUAAACCCAAACCGGUAGCGGAACAUCAAUACUAUGUUUUAGAGCCAACUCCACCGGAAGAUGAGGAUGAUUAUGAUAGUAUUAGUGAUGAGGAGACCGCUGUAUGUUUGCCGGUCCCGAACAAUUAUGAGGACAUAACAAUUAACACAGCGGGUCCGUCACAAAUCUACGAAGAGGUUAAAAGUCCAUUAGUACGCCAUCAUACUUUAGAUGUUAUCGGUAAAAAUAAGAGACAUGUGUACGACCAACUUGGUCACAGUGCCAAAAGAUGGAAGCGAAUGGGUUCCGAGGGCAGCAGACUAGCUAAAAGUAAUGGUGAUUACGGACGACUGCAACAGGAGGUUAAAGAUCAGGCUGGGUAUAAUGAGUUGGAAUUUGGUCCAAGGAAGGUGCGUGUUGGGGAGACUGUCUUUCCGACUGGAAAUUAUUACGGCUCCCUCAGCAGGUGAUCUAAUCUUAAGCAUAACCAUUUUUAUCUCCUUGAUGUAGUUUGUAUAUAUAUUGAAACAUAUUUAUGAAUAUUAUUAGCUAUGUAUAAAUUUUGGAACUUUACAUUUUACAACCAAAACAUGUUUUUUUAAUGUAUGAAAAUAAAUUCCAUUAUUUAAUGUUGUGUGUAAUGCAACAUCAAUUAAGAUAUAAGAUAUGUGUAUAAAAGAAAUAUACAGUACAUUGAAUGCAAAUAAUGCUUAAGAUUCCAUAUGAUAUAUUGUAUAAUUGUGUCUAGAAGUGCAAGACAAUCAUUAUUAAAGUACAUAAAUGUGUAUAACUUA